AUGAAGCGAAUUGAAAACAAGAAAGCUCUAAGAGUUACUUACAUGAAGAGAAAGGACAGUGUUAUCAAAAGGACAAUGGAGCUCUCGAUUCUCUGCGGUAUCAAUAUCGUCACCACUCUGUUUUCGGCCCAAUGGAGAGGUCAACACGUGGCCCCAAACCCAAAUGAAGUGAAAGCUCUGAUCAAGAUGUACAAAGAGUCUGCCAAGAAAAGCCUGGCUAAGAAAUCUCGUGAAUCUUCUUUUUCUGAUUGUUGUUUGGGUGCUGAGAAAGUUGCGAGAAAAGAAAGGACAGUGUUAUCAAAAGGACAAUGGAGCUCUCGAUUCUCUGCGGUAUCAAUAUCGUCACACUCUGUUUUCGGCCCCAAUGGAGAGGUCAACACGUGGCCCCAAAACCCAAAUGAAGUGAAAGCUCUGAUCAAGAUGUACAAAGAGUCUGCCAAGAAAAGCCUGGCUAAGAAAUCUCGUGAAUCUUCUUUUUCUGAUUGUUGUUUGGGUGCUGAGAAAGUUGCCAAGAAAGUUUUGAUGGGAAAUAAGGAUGGUUAUGGUUUGCUUGAUGGGUUAUCGGUAGAGUCGGUGAUAAGUUUCUUGGAAAAGUUGGAGUCAAAAUUGGAGGUUUUGAAAGCAAGAAUUGAGUUCUUGAAGAUGCUGAAUGAGCAGAAAAACAGAGUAUUGGUAAUGGGGAAAGAAACAUAG